GCCCUAGGCCCAGAUUUAAAGGGCUUGAGUGAUAAAUUCAGGCCUACCCAGGCUAAAUUUCCCAUUUGAUUAGCUCAGAAAUUAACCGAUUAGGGACUUUAAUUACAUCUUUGCCAUAUAAUGUUAUCUAAUUAUUAGAGUAUUACCCUAUCAUAUUCCCAAGUCCUGCUUUCCUUUAAGGGGAGAGAUUACACGGGGUGUAAAUCUUGGGAUCCCUCUUAGAAUCUGGCCUUCCACAGUCAGCCAUAAGAACUAAGUAAGCAAGAGUAAUUGAUAAGACCUUUUAUAACCAAUAUAGAUUGUUUGGAAAUGGGAGAGGCCCAUGGUUGGCCACUAAUAGUAACACUGUUCCCAUGGCAAGAAUUUAUUCAAGCAGGAGAGAUGGUGGCAUAGACAGAAAAAUCUAAUGAUACCUUGGUUUUAUUUUAUUUAUUUUUUUAAAAAGAUGGGAUCUCACUAUGUUGCCCAGGCUUGCCCUGGGCUCAAGAGGUUCUGUAUCAACCUCUGGAGUAGCUGGACUACAGGAGCACACCACCACACCCAGCUCUUCCCUUGAUUUUAAAGGAAUUCAACUUUGCCUCAACCUUCAAGCAGCCUUUGCCUAACAUCUAUCAACAUAGCAAUUUGCUCUUCCUUCUGACAUCUUUAGCUCUCUCUUGCAGUUCGUCUCUAUGGUUUCCGUUGUGGUUUUCGUCCGGAAUAGGCGGGGCUUCCGCUUCCGGCGGGGCCGUCCCUAGCGGCAGAGAUGGCGGCAACAGCAGCUGAGGCUGCAGCUUCGGGCUCUGGAGAGCCCCAGGAAGAGGCUGAAGCCCUGGGCCCAGCCUGGGAUGAAUCGCAGUUGCGCACUUAUAGCUUCCCGACCCGGCCCAUCCCGCGUCUGAGUCAGAGCGACCCCCGGGCCGAGGAGCUCAUCGAAAAUGAGGAACCUGUAGUGCUGACUGACACAAAUCUUGUGUAUCCUGCUCUGAAAUGGGAUCUUGAAUACCUACAAGAGAAUAUUGGCAACGGGGACUUUUCCGUGUACAGUGCCAGCACCCACAAGUUCUUGUACUAUGAUGAGAAGAAGAUGGCUAAUUUCCAGAACUUUAAACCGAGGUCCAACAGGGAGGAAAUGAAAUUUCAUGAAUUUGUUGAGAAACUGCAGGAUAUACAGCAGCAAGGUGGGGACGAGAGGUUGUAUCUGCAGCAAACACUCAAUGACACUGUGGGCAGGAAGAUCGUCAUGGACUUCUUGGGUUUUAACUGGAACUGGAUUAAUAAGCAACAGGGAAAACGUGGCUGGGGGCAGCUGACCUCUAACCUGCUGCUCAUUGGCAUGGAAGGAAAUGUGACACCUGCUCACUAUGAUGAGCAACAGAACUUCUUUGCCCAGAUAAAAGGCCAUAAGCGAUGCAUCUUAUUCCCUCCGGAUCAGUUUGAGUGCCUCUAUCCAUAUCCUGUUCAUCACCCAUGUGACAGACAGAGCCAGGUGGACUUUGACAAUCCUGACUACGAGAGGUUCCCCAAUUUCCAAAACGUGGUUGGUUAUGAAACAGUGGUUGGCCCUGGUGAUGUUCUUUACAUCCCAAUGUACUGGUGGCAUCACAUAGAGUCAUUACUUAAUGGGGGAAUUACCAUCACUGUGAACUUCUGGUAUAAGGGGGCACCUACCCCUAAGAGAAUUGAAUAUCCUCUCAAAGCUCAUCAGAAAGUUGCCAUAAUGAGAAACAUUGAAAAGAUGCUUGGAGAGGCUUUGGGGAACCCACAAGAGGUGGGACCUUUGUUGAACACAAUGAUCAAGGGCCGAUACAAUUAGCCUGCCAGGGGUCCAGGCCUCCUGCCAGGUUACUGCUAUCCCGUCCACACCGCUUCGUUGAUGAGGACAGGAGACUCCAAGCACUAGUAUUGCACGCUGCACUUAAUGGACUGGACUCUUGCCAUGGCCCUGGAGGCAGGUGUUUGGGGCAAGGCAGGGUGGUUGGCACUCCACUCCCAUUUGGAGGAACUUCUCACCCUUGCCUCUUGUGCCCCAUCACUCUCCCUCUCUGACCCCCUAAAGUUCUGCACUCAGUGUGUGGAGUCCCAGCUUCUGGUUGUCAUCACGUCUGUGUUUGUUAGUCUGUCAACUUCAGGGUGUAUGUAUGUGCGUGUAUGUGUUCAUGCACACACAUAAUGUUUCUGUUCCUCGUUCUCUUCUUCUGGGUCUGGCUCUCAGCCCUAUCUCCUGUAACCUCAGUGCCUCAGCCUGAGAGAGGAGAUGCUCUUGGACCUGCACUGCAUCUGGGCUGUAGGGACAGAGUCCAACUCUUAGGCCAAUCUGUCUCCUGCCAGUUUUUGCAGUCAGGCUCUAGGCUGGGUAGGAAUGGCUACUGGUACUCUAAGGGGGAGAUUGAAAGGGAGGCUUGCCUUUGAGAGCCUAAAUAUAAAUAGCCUUCCAGUGGGAGAGGAUUAGAUAGGGUUCCAGCUGGGACCACCAAGCUUAAGCCAUACAUAGAAAGGAACCUUGGAACAUAAGAAACUAACAUUGUGUAUACGUUCCAAAUUAUAAACACAAUUUUUCUCUUUCAGCACCAGCUCUUGCCCCUCUGCUAGGUAUCAGCGGGGGUUCUAGCUGUGGCUUCUCUAGGCUCUAGGGGUACAAGCUUGUGUGUAUAUGUGUGCACCUGUGUGUACACACACAUGCAUAUACUUCUUUACACACUGGUAUGCAUGUGUACACACUGGCCAGCCUCCCUGUUUACUAAGGUUCUCUACAGCUUACCUUUUCCAGUGUGACAAUACAGUGUGAGCCCCCAGAAGUACUACCUGACAGCCUGCAGCUUUUUAACUCGGAUUUUAGCCAUCAUAUGUUGGUUUGGUCUCACUACAACCUACCUGAGACUGACUGGCUAAAGCCUCUGGGUCCUAUGUCCCUCCCUGUCCAGGCCAUAUUCUCUACUGCUGAGCUUCCUGGCUGAGUAGAUGAAAUGGGGUCAAGCUUAGGCAGCUAUCUCGCUACCUGUCAUUCACCUCAGGGCAAGGGCAAAAAAUGUAGCCUUGCCUGUUUAAGCCAGCGCCUCUGCCAGACCCCACUGUAAUGUUCCCUGAUACCCUCAGUAGGAUAAUUGGUAGAGCAUGGAAGUAGAAUUUCAUUUUCUACUACUCAUGGGAACCCCUCUCAGGGCUGCAUUUACAGCAGGGCAGCAGAGUAUUACACAAGUCAAAGAGCCAUCAUUCACAUCUAUUCAGUGGGAGUGGGGCCCUUGGAAUUGGGCAGAGUGGUAGUAAGAGUCUACUUACUUCCAGUUCCAUCUUUGACAUCCUUUUCUUUCUGGAAGGGAAGAGGAAAUUGGAAGACUCUGAUUUUAUUCCCUCCCACCAUUUUUAUUUUUAUUUUUUUCGGCCAAAGGUUUUACUUCCAGUGUCUGAGCUGUGGCUCUCACUCCUGAAACUCAGUUUACAGUGCCCUGAUGGACUGAGAAGAUAUAUGUGUGCAUGUGCGCACCUGUGUGUGUAUUUUGGGGAGGGUGUUCAUUUUAAUACCCCAUUCUGGGGUUUUCUGAUACAGUAUGGUUGUGCAGACAUGGUACCUUCUGAAGUAUAGCCCUUUCAAAUACAGCCAAUGCUGGGAAAUGUGAUUGCAGUGAACUCCAUGCCUCCAUCUCUCUGGGGAAAGAGGAGUGCAGCAAGAGAAAGGCAGAGGAUAAACUUGGCCAUAAUCGCACUUGGAAAGAGCAGAUUAUUUUCAUUCUCCUCAACAGGUUUGCUGCAUUCCUGGCUCAUCCCUCAAAGAGGUGGAUGAGAUGCAGCAGGGCAUCAGGUGCCACCUGGUUGGUCCUCGCAGGGUGCUGUUCUAACACAGGUCUGACCUAAGGUGGUUAAGAGGGAGAGAACCUUUGCAGGAUUGUUCCUGAUCCUUGAGAAAUUAUAAUAGCCACCCUGAUUUUUAGACACCUAAUAUGUGCCUAGUGCUUUGAUCUUUGUUCCUCACUAUCCUGCAAGGUAGGUAUUCUCACUUUACAGAUGAAGAAAUGGGCUCAAAGAGAUUAAGUUAUUGGUGGCAACCAAGAUUGAAACCUAGUCUGUUUGGCUGCAAACCCUUGCUACUUCCUUUCCACCAAAUUGUUGAUUCUUCCACCUUCCUUUAUUCCCUUGUGCCACAGCCCUGCCCCUAGGCCUUACCUUCUAGUGGCUGCUUGCAGGUGCAGUCCAAGGAGGUGAAGAUCCAGAUUGGGGUGAAAUCCCUAUAUAGACUAUAGCUAAAGACAUGGGAAAACUGCUUGGGAAGCCAUAUUACAGGUUAGGAAUGCUAGGAGCAACUAUGGGGGAAUGAGCUCUCUUUUCUAUUGUGUUACGGUAUGUCCUUGAAUAGGUUCCAUAGCCCUUCCCAGUGUGCUUCUGCAUCAUAGAAUUGAAGCUCUAAUUCUAGAUGAUCCAUAGUUUUGAUUCAUAUUCUGCUGCUCCCCUACCCACGGGAAAGACAUGGGGGCUCUUCCCUUUACUCACCUAGAGUAGGACUAUUUAGAUUCAAGUUUUGUUAGCAGAUGAAACAUUACUGCUACAUUGUUGCCCCCAUCCCAGCCAGUAGCACAGGAAGCCACAUGCCAAGGAAAAGUGGGGACUGGGGCCUCUCUAAAGGUCAGCCAUGCAGCAAGCUCUCAUUUUUACACCAAUAGGUAGAGAGGGAAUACUGUUUUGCAAAGUCAAAUAUUUGUUGGGGGGUUGGAGUUCGGGGGUGGAGGAAGGGCUGUUCUGGGCAUCAGUUGAGCAGAUGCCCAGGAUGCCUGGGGGAGACCAGCUUCCCCUACAAAUCAGAGCUCUAAAUUACAAGGUUUUUACCAACGCGAACAGUUGGGGGAAGUCGUCUGCUCUCAUUUGCGUAAUGGUUUCUGUCACUGGUGAUUAGACACAGGAUGAAGGAAAAGAAAUUUGACAAUUAGGAAUGAGCGAUCAUUAAUCUGAAUCUGUUAGAAGACAGAGAGAGGAAGGAUCCUUACCAGUAGGCCAGCCCAGUGUAGGGAGACACUCCCUCUGUCCCCCAGAGAUUUCUGAGCCAAAUACCCUUUCAGUGUUACCACAAGUGGGCAGAGAUUGUAUUUCUUAACAAACUAGGGGCCUAUUUCUCAGCCUGAGAUGGAUACAGAAACAGACAUCUUUGGGUUUGAGCCAACAGAGAUAGAGAUAGAUGGGUGUCCCAUAGAAGCCUUAGGGUAAAGAAUAACAAUGAGUUUUUUUGUUUGUGGGAGAUAUUUCUAUAGUAGUCAAUACUCUUGAUCCCCCACCUGUGAUAAGUAUUUGUCACAUUCCAGCACGUCAGGGUGUGUGAAUAAAACCUGCUCUUUAUGAAACUCCAGGAAUUUCUGCUUAGUUGGAGAGGAAACCACAUGAGAGAAGCAAAGGUUCUCAUCCAUAUGUGUUGUACACCAAUGUGGAGAGAGGAGGAAGAUGGGUAGAGAGAAUAGCUUUCUAGGUUCCUUGAAGCUCUGGACUCUCCAGGUAGGGACCUCAUCCCAGACUUCUCCCAUCAACAUUGAUCCCCCCUAACGCACACACACAGCUGUGGCUGUGUGGAGAGCACUGAAGUCCCUGGCUUAAACCUGUGACCUAGUGGUGAAGUUAACUGCUCAGUUUUAGGGUAUGGAGAAUCCUAACAAGAUCCUUUCAUGUCACCUCAUCUCACCUCUCUUCUCUGUCCCUUCAAACUUCAAGGACAUUAGUAAUUGGCACCAAGUGGUAUUUGUUCCUCAGAAAGUUCCUUAGAUAAGAGGCUCCCUCAAGUGAAGGCAGUGGGUCUCUCAGAAAGUGAAGUUGCGAACAGUUAGACUGUAUCUCCUCCAUAAGUUCCUUACCUGUGGCUCUUCUACCCUUCAACAUCUGGUGCAGAAUUUAACAAGGGCUGCUGUCAAUGACCCUCAGUUACCAGUUGUAAAUAAAUGGGGUGGAUAGUGGGGUGUGCCUGGUUAUAACUGAGGGAGUUUGAGAAGUUCUUGCCUUUCAAUGCAUGUCCCUUUCUUUGAGACCUCCAGCUGUUUGUCCUCUGUCCCUGCUCACUUACCUUUUGUGUCUUCUCAGAUUGCAUGUUCUAAAGGAAUGUUCCAGCUUCCUUUUCCAGAGCUUUCCCCUAGUUUCUACUCAGCUUCUUUCUGCCCAGGCUCUCCAGUGGCCCCUUCACCAAAGCGUUUUUCCCAAUUGUCCUUCCCUCAGAAACUCCACUGGUUUCGUGUUCGGAUAGAUCGUCUCUAGGAUCCCUCUCUCUGGGGUCAUUCCUGUUCCUCUUGGGUCCGUCUUCUGUCUCUGACCUCAGGUAGCUCUGUUGAUUUACCCCUGGUUAGUCCCUUUUUGUUCUGUCUGCUCUGUCCUCUUGAUGUUCCUUUUGUAUAUCCUGGUUUACCUUUAUCUUGUCUCACACUUGAAGUUCUGUCUUCUUGUCCUUGGCCAGCUCUGCCUAAUCCUUGUAGGUCAUAGAAUCCCUGCAGAGCACUUUGGGGGACAUUUCUCUCAGAAAUUGUCAGCCAUAAGCUCACCAGUUUAUGAUCAGUGAGGCCUCCAGGAUGGGUUAGGGGAUGGACCUAAAGGGUGGGAGAGAUUGGUCAGGAGAUUCCCAGAAUAGCGCUGGGCUUGGAAAGCUGGGAAAAAAAGGAAAUUUGUGUUUCCAUCUAAAUGCAUCUGUGUGCCUUAGGGUCCAGCAGUUCAGGGAUGAGGGGCAUUUUGUGAAUGUUUCCUAAAUUCUCUCAGGUCUUUGGCCCAGUGUCACCAAGUUUGGCUGACCUUGGUAUUUUAGUGGUUGCUGGAAGGAAAAUAGCAUAUUGAGUAGUCUGGCAUCAAGAAUGGGGAGGUGUCAGAUAAGAACAGCCCUAGAGGGUGGGAAACAGGAGAAAGGGGCCAAGUGGUUAGCUUAUCCCCAGACUAUUCUCCAUUCCUCCAAGAAUUGAGUACAAGAGCUGAUUUAGGGAGUUAAAAACACUCCCCAUUCCCCACCAAAAAUCUGCUCUAAUAUUUUGAGAAGGAGCAUGUGCCCUUUUCCUUUCAAUGGGAAAAAUCUAGCAUAGUGUUUAAAAGCAUGGGUUUUGGAGUCAGAUGUGUUCAGAUUACUAGCUUUGCUACUUACUAGCUGAAUUUGACCUCAGUUGAUUUUCUUAACCUCUCUGAGCCUCAGUUUCCUCAACUCUAAUGAUAUAUGGGGGUGGGGGUAGGGAGCCACUGAAAAUAUCUACCUCAGGGUUGUUGGAUUAACCGAAACAAUGUCUGUAAAGCUUUAGCACAGUGCCUGGCAAGCACUUAAUAAACAGCUGUGGUGGUGGUGGUGGUGGUGGUGGUUGUGGUGGUUGUGGUUACAUUUAUUAUGUGACUUACUGUGAGACUUGGUUUUGGUGAUAUUUAAACAAAUUUCCAGUGAUUCCUUCCCUUUUGAAAUAAGCAUAGGAAGUAAUGUGCCUGAGAAGCAUGCAUUGAGUUAGAGACAAAAGAGUCUCGGUACCUAAACCCAUCCUAAAUAAGUGUCAGUUGCCUUUCAGCCCGCUCAGCCAGACUCAGACUCAGACUGCUGUACACAGCAUCCUGGACCCUAGGCGUGGAGCAGUUGGGUCUGAGCUCUUCAGAGUGUCAGGCUGCAGCAGGCAACUGAGCAACUCCCCCCUUCCACCUGGAGAAGCUGUUGCCUCCUCACACCAUGAGACACUGAUCAGCUCCUGAGCAUCACUCCUGCCUGUACAUGGUACCAGUCCCUACCCUUUGUUGACUGAUGACUUGCAAGGACACUGUCACCACUGCUGUCUGGGGAAUGAUCUAAUAAAACUUCUUUUCAACAAUAUUAAAAAUAUCUGAAACACAUUUAAUGAAAACAAAAGACAUCAGAGAGAGUAAGGAAAUAGUUCCCUAAAGAGGUACUGAAGGUUUAUGUGAGGUGGCAGUGGCAGGUAGAGGGCAGGAAGGAGACCCUGGGAUGUAUACAGCAUGCACUGUGUGAGAUGCAGGAGAUGGGAUUGGCAUAGGUGUCCAUGCUAGUCUAGAAGCAGAGGACCAAAGGUUUGGGAAUGGUACCUUUGCACAUUUUUGAAUUUUCACUUCUGACCAUGUUAUUUGAGCAAGACCCCAGCCAGGUUAUAGUUGGCAUGGCCAUUGUUCUCACAAGGAUUUGUGAUUCACUAACAAGAACUAAGUUUGGAGAUGACUCCUGGCUUUGAAUCCCCACUUGACACUCCCUAAUUCUGUUACUUCAGGUUAAGUUAACAUCACUGAGUCUCACCACCUUUCCUGUGAGGGAUAGGUAGUUGCAUGUAGUUUGCAACAUUGUUAUGAGGGUUUGUGAGAAUGUUUUUAAACCCUUGGAUCAGGGUAGGCAUUUGGGAAACAGGUUUAGCGUGAAGACUGAACAGGUUUUGUUAGUGCAAAAGUAGAAACUGCAAGAAGCAGGGCCUUUCUAACCCUCAGGAUACAAUGUUAAAAGUAGAAUCACAGAAGAGUGACUUGGGGUGGGGGAAGCAAAACAGAAAAGAUAAAAAGACAUGGAAGGGACUGGAAGUCCAUGAAGGACAGGGCUGGGAACAGUUCUGCUAGUGUAGGAUCUUGAACAGGAAUGAAGGGAGAUCUAGGCUCUGGAAUGCCAUCUUGUCCCCAGAAGAACAAAAGGAACAGAGUGGGAGGGUGCCUGUGCAGGACACAACUACUGGGUGGAAAGAACAUAAGGUUUGGGUGCAGUGAACCUCAGUGUGGAACAUAGAUGUACUUUGCACAGGCUGGGUGACUUCAGGUGUGUUGAUCUCGCUAUGCCUCAGUCCCCUCAUCUUUAAAGUUAAUAAUACUACCUUCCUCCCAGACUUUGUGGGGCUAUAUAUGUGAAAAUGCUAUGUAAACUAAGCACUAUAUAAAUGUCAGUUGUUGGAUUGUUAUUGGGAGUGGGGAUUUGGUAGAGCUUUUACAGAGAGGUUAAGAAACUUCUACCAGUUUCCAGAUUAAAGCCUCUCAUGGUCUUGGUAAAACACUAUCACGCUGCUGGUAUUUGACUAGUAAGGUUUUGAUUUAAGAAGGAAAAGCAGUAGUGUGAGCAAGAGAAUGAGUUUUGAAGCUACAUGGACUAGGUUUGAAUCUUGGUUUUGCCUAUUCCUAACAGUGAGACUGUCAGAUUACUUAAUGUCUCUGAGCUUGGAUUUCUUAACAGGUCUCCUCAUGUGGCUGUUGGGAAUGAAUGAGACAACUCAAGUAAAACAGUUAACUCAGUGCCUAGUGCCAAUUAAAGUGCUCAAUAAAUGUUAUUUUCCUUUC